AGGCAGUAGAAGAAGAAAAUACCGGAAGAUGUGGAGCUUUCGUUUCCGUGUGACCCAGUUAGCUUCGUAGAUUAACAUGGAAUAAUCUUCAUUUCUAACUUUUAAUUUAUGUUUUAUACAAGUGAAGGCAUUUUUUAUGCCUUGCUACCGAAGUUUAUUACCGCGAGUGAAACGAACCUGAAACGAGGAGUUUGGGAAUCAAAAUGGACUAGCCGAUGUUGCCAUUUUGAUUUAGCUAUGCUAGCGGGCUAGCUAACCGAACUGUCAAACCUUAGCUACGCUGCAGAAUAAUUAGAAAGAUUUUUGCUUGUUCGCACAAGCAGGUUAGUUGAGUUUUUUUUUUUUUACUCGAACUCUUUCGCUGUUGCACAAUUAGCAAACGUUUUAAGAGAUUGCUUCAAUUCUCCAGUUCCCUUUUGAUGUUCAGCGUUUGGGAGAGGAACCAUUCAGUCCCAUGUCUGCUGAGGCGUCAGUCGGCAGUCAUGCUGCCAACGCUGCCCAGUCUGCCGUCUCCCAGCCUGCUUUCCAGAGCGCUGUUGAACAAAGACAUCAGGGCCUGCUGGGAAGCAAGUACGUCAAGUUGAACGUGGGCGGCUCGCUGCAUUUUACCACUGUCCAGACGCUGACCAAGGAGGAAAGUGUCCUGCAGACGAUAUGCAAUGGAGGAACCGAGGUGAACAUAGACUCAGACGGAUGGGUCAUUUUAGAACGAAGUGGUCGUCAUUUUGGACUCGUAUUAAACUUCCUCCGCGAUGGCUCGGUACCACUCCCCGAAGACCACAGAGAACUUGAAGAGGUCCUGAAAGAGGCCCAGCACUACAGGGUCCAGGGACUGGUCCAGCACUGCCUCACCGCCAUGCAGAAACAAAAGGACGUGUUUGAAAGUGUGUGUCGCAUCCCCAUGAUCACGUCAGCCAAAGAGGAGCAGAAGAUGAUAGCGACCUGCAGAAAGCCGGUUGUAAAGUUGCAGAACAACAGGGGGAACAACAAAUAUUCAUACACCAGCAAUUCCGAUGACAACUUGUUGAAAAACAUUGAACUCUUCGACAAACUCGUCCUUCGCUUCAACGGCCGAGUCCUGUUUGUCAAAGACGUGCUAGGGGAUGAGAUCUGCUGCUGGUCUUUUUACGGCGAAGGCCGCAAGAUAGCCGAAGUUUGCUGCACGUCCAUCGUCUAUGCCACGGAGAAGAAGCAGACCAAAGUUGAAUUUCCUGAGGCUCGGAUUUUUGAAGAAACCCUCAAUAUCCUCAUCUAUGAGAACAGCAGAAGAUCCGGUCCGGGUGGCUUACACCUCGUCGACUCCAGAGGUUCCUCAGUGGGCCAGUCGGAGGAAGAGGGCGUAACGGGCGGCGACAGGCGAGUGCGGCGGAUCCACGUCAGGAGGCACAUAAUGCACGACGAAAGAGGGCACGGCCAGCAGACCGUGUACAAAGAUUAAACAAUGUGAGCACAGAGAUCGACCUGUUCUCGGAGAUGCCGGCGACGGCGGCAAUAGUUUGAUUGUUAGUAGAAGCGGGGGCGACGAUGUUAUGUUUACAAGAUGAACUGUCGUGUACAGAUUUUAAAUAGGAAAAACAGCCUGGGAUGUGAAACUGGCAUCGAUAUUCUCGGCCGCCUUUGUGGGUGUGGCUGUUGAUGAUAUGCACUGGCAGCCAUCACUGUGUUUGACUUUUUUUUGGGAACACUGUUUUUCAGGCUUGAUAUGCUUUUAUUUUGUAAGGUUGACAGUUUUGCUUGACAGUAAUCUGCUCGGGAUGUUUUUUUUUGUUUUGUUUUGUUUUUGCUUCGAUAUGUUAACACUGGAAUAGCCUGCAUAGCCAAUAUUUUUGUGAAGUUGUCUAAGAAUGAGAUUGUCGAGCAGCUCCAAUUGUUUAUUUAAAUUAUUUCUGCUCUCGCUUUGUAAUGUUUUUUGUUUUUUUUUUAAUUUAUGAACCUAAUUUAUUGUCAUGUAUUUAACUUUUAUAUGCAGUCGCAGUGUUAACAAGUGGGGUAUACAUUUGCACUUCAUAGCACACGUCAGAUUUUUCAUUUCUGUAAAUGGCAAAAAUUUUAUUUAAGCUCGUUUCAAGAGGAAAAAUGCCUGUAGGUGAUUCUAAUGUGUUGUAUUCUGAGCCAUGAUCUCUCACUUUUUCUUCAUGUCUUAUACCAAACCACUGAUAUGCGCUUCACAUUAUUGGCCUCACAUCCAUCUUAAUACGUCCAGGGUUGCAUUUUUAUCUUUUUAUACGUUUCCCACUCCCGUUGGAGGAUUUUUUUAGUAUUCUCAGAUGUUGCGUGCAAACCCGAAAAACUAAACUUUAAACACUGGACAAUAUGUGUCUCAUUUUUUUUUUAAACUCAGUCCUUAUAACACAAUGCACUACUUCCUCUUCCGUCCAAUUGUGGUGAGAACUGUUCUAAAUAAAGAAAUCCAGCUUGC